UUUUCUUUUCAACCAAUCAGCAACUCUGCACCAUUCAACACCGUCACAUUCAUGCGUUUGAUAGCGAAUGUGUUACCUCAUUAGCUUGUUUGUUAGCAUUUGCUGCGUUAUACAUUCUAUCGUAACCAAGGCAUAAAAAUUUGGAUUGUUCAAGAAAAGAAUCCUUCCUGUCUGAACAGCACCAAACUGACGCGAUGACAGGCUCAAAUGAGUACAAGCUAAACCAGGGACCAGAGGACAGCAUCUCUGCUGUCAAGUUCAGCCCCAGCACAACUCAGUUCUUGUUGGUUUCCUCCUGGGACUGCACUGUCCGGCUUUUUGAUGUUGGAGGCAACACUAUGCGGAUGAAGUACCAGCACACAGCUCCAGUUCUUGACUGUGCUUUUUAUGACCCAACACAUUCUUGGAGCGGAGGUUUAGAUGCGCAACUAAAAACCCAUGAUUUAAACACAGACCAAGAUACAAUAGUUGGAACACAUGAUGCCCCCAUUCGAUGUGUGGAGUACUGCCCGGAGGUUAAUGUCAUGGUAACAGGGAGCUGGGACAGAUCAGUUCGACUGUGGGACCCGAGGACGCCCUGCAACGCUGGCACUUUUACUCAGCCUGAAAAGGUGUACACCCUUUCUGUGGCUGGAGAUAGGCUGAUUGUUGGCACAGCUGGAAGACGGGUCCUGGUGUGGGAUUUGAGGAACAUGGGCUAUGUACAGCAAAGAAGAGAGUCCAGUCUCAAGUAUCAGACUCGCUGCAUUAGGGCCUUCCCAAACAAACAGGGCUAUGUCUUGAGUUCAAUCGAGGGACGUGUAGCUGUGGAGUACCUGGACCCGAGCCAGGAGGUUCAGAAGAAGAAGUAUGCCUUCAAGUGCCACAGACUGAAGGAGGAUGGAAUUGAGCAUGUUUACCCUGUCAAUGCCAUCUCUUUUCACAGUGUUCAUAACACAUUCGCCACAGGUGGCUCAGAUGGCUUUGUGAACAUCUGGGACCCAUUCAACAAGAAGCGCCUGUGUCAGUUCCACCGGUACCCGACCAGCAUUGCCUCACUUGCAUUCAAUAACGAUGGUACCAUGCUCGCCAUCGCUUCCUCCUAUAUGCACGAGAAAGGAGACAUCAGCCACCCAGAAGACGCCAUCUUCAUCCGCCAAGUCACAGAUGCCGAGACCAAGCCCAAGUGAGUCUUCCUCGCCUUAGUGUCCUCUGUAUGUCAGUUAUUCACCAAAUCUGUGAGCAGCUGCAUUUACAGAGAGCACAUCCAGCUGCCCCAUAUGCUGAUCUGUAUCUCUCUCCAUCCACUUUUCAAUAUCCGACAGUUGAAAGAUAGAUGAGGACUUCAAAAUCCUCCACCCGGUUAUCUGUGCUGUUGUAAAUAUACACUCAGUGACCAGACAAAUAGAAACCUGCUUUCCAGUGUAAUGCAAUCCGCCUCACUGACCUUGUCAUAAACACUACCUUUGUGAAAGUAGGAGCAACAAUUUUUGGUGGCACUAAGGAGGUGGUGAUUUUCAGGUGGUAAGUUUUGCAGCUGUUUGUGUAUAUGUUGACUUGUAUUAUAUUUAAAUGUGAUUAUAAUACUUUUUGUUCUCCUUGUAUAUCAGUGAGAGUGAACAAAAUACUCGGUGUUUAAUUGAAGACAACUGUGUUCAGUUUUAACUGUGGAUCUGGGCUGGGCAGUUAAUCAAACUUUAUUUUCAGCUACAAUUUUGGCUUCCAAAGAUUAUGGAAACAAAAUAAUCUAGCUAAAAUAAUUUCCAUUUGGUAAUGAUGCUCCCGUUGUGUGUCAUGUUAUAAAUCCGGCACACCCCUUCAGUCCUCUACAGUGCCAGCAUUUUUUGCUCUCAUUGGUUGACGUGAAACAUUACUAAGGAUGGCAACACCUAAAUUUGUUACUGUAUGUGCAAUAAAACCUCCACAAUAAACAAUCA